UGCUGCCCACCAAAAAUAGGCCACCAGUGCUCCGAUUCUGUCGCGGCCAUGGACUCCAUCCAUGCUAAUUUUAUACAUCACCGCUAAUUCCAUCCCCUUCUAUGUGUCUCAGAUGCGAGUCCUCGAUCUCUGAACCAUUCCGCCCUCUCUUCAUCCCCAGCCGCCGCUGGUCCGUUCACUCUCCUCUGAUCCCAACCGCUACCGGAGUACUCUGGUGGAUAUCACACGAUGAAUGCUGCAACUGACGCAUGCCCUUCACCAAAGCUACACACAAGACUGAGGUUGUGGGAGUUUGCAGACCGCUACAUAUUUGAACCAGUUGAUGGUCUUGCUGAUUUGUUCCUGUCAGUUGAUCGGACAAAUGGGUCAAUGAAACUAGUGGAAGAGUUGCCACCUCGUUCUCCCGCUACAAAUCCUAAAGUUAGAAUAGUUUUUGGUGUGGUAGGAGUGCUCAAACUUGCAGUUCGGUCAUACUUUCUUGUGAUCACUGACCGUGACUGUGUUGGAUCCUACCUGGGGCAUGCAAUCUUCAGAUUGACAGGACUAAAAGUUCUGCCAUGCAAUAAAUCGGUUAAUGCUUCUGCUGAGCAGAAAAAAAUGGAAACAGAAUUUUCAGAACUUCUCGAUGCAGCAGAGAGGACAAUAGGCCUAUACUUCUCCUACGAUGUCAACUUAACACUGACUUCACAGAGGUUGCAUGAUCUAGGGGAUGAGUUUAAGUCGCUUCCACUUUGGAGACAGGCAGAACAAAGGUUUCUAUGGAAUAGCUUCUUGUUGGAGCCUCUAAUUGAGAAUAAACUACACCAAUACUUACUACCAGUCAUUCAAGGAAGUUUUCAGAGUAUCCAUGCAGAAGUUGGGUCAGAGAAGGUACAUGUGACCCUGAUUGCACGUAGGUGUACACGUAGGAUAGGUACUCGGAUGUGGAGGCGAGGAGCUGAUCCAGAGGGUUAUGCUGCAAAUUUUGUUGAAUCAGAGCAGAUAAUGCAAUCAAAAGAAUUUACAGCAUCCUAUGUGCAAGUUAGAGGCUCUAUGCCUUUUCUGUGGGAGCAGAUUGUUGAUUUGACAUAUAAACCUAGUUUUGAUGUUGUUAGAGUAGAGGAGGCGCCUCGUGUACUUGAGCGUCAUUUCCAUGAUUUACAAAAGAAAUAUGGAGCUGUGGUAGCCGUUGAUCUUGUCAAUACGCAUGGGGGUGAAGGCCGCCUUUAUGAAAGAUAUGCAAAAUCAAUUGAACCUAUCUUAAGUGAAGAUAUAAGAUUUGUUCAUUUCGAUUUCCACCAAAUCUGUGGUCAUAUUCACUUUGAACGUCUUUCUCAGCUCUAUGACCAAAUUGAGGAUUAUCUUAAGAAGCAUGGGUACUUCCUUUCAAAUAGUAAAAGUGAGAAAAUGAAAGGGCAGACUGGAACUGUCAGAACAAAUUGUGUCGAUUGUUUGGAUCGUACUAAUGUAACUCAGAAUAUGAUCGGGAGGAAAAUUCUGGAAAGCCAACUGCAACAAAUCGGUGUUCUUGUUGAUAACAAUACAAUCAGCGAUUAUCCAGCAUUCGAUGCAGACUACAAAGUUUUGUGGGCCAAUCAUGGAGAUGCAAUAAGCACUCAGUACUCUGGAACUCCUGCUUUGAAGGGAGACUUUGUUCGGUAUGGCAAACGAACUACACAGGGAAUUCUAAAUGAUCUAUGGAAUGCAAUGGCUAGAUAUUACCUGAAUAACUUUGCAGAUGGUACUAAACAGGAUGCCAUGGAUCUUCUUCAAGGACAUCACAUAUCGUCCGUUAGUCGGGAUAUGGCAACUCCAACCAAAGGACUUCUUGAGAAUUGCAGGUCCUUCCGCCUUGUUUUUGCUCUGCUUUUGGCAGCCAUGGUUUUCAUGAUCAUGUCACUGAAAAAAGCACGGAAUGAUGUUUUCCAUUUGGUGCUGUCACUUCUAUGGUCCGGUUUCUGCUUUGGCAUCAUGCGAUAUGUUAAAACUAACGGUCGGAAGUUCACCAACCGGCCCCGUUUUCACCUUUCGCGCCACUGAUGCAAAACUAAAGGGCCUGUCUGCAUGCUCAUGGUCGACUCACCUUAACUUGAACCUGCACUUCCCUUGUUUUAAGACUUCGCAUGUGUGGACAUCACCGGUUUUUUUUUCUCUUACUGGUUGGGAACAGCAGGAAUUGAUUGGCCUGCUGUGUAUAUAUUUAUGAAAAGAAAAUACAGGAUAUGUUACAAGAAUGUACAUCAUGAUCAAAAUCAUCAAUAGUCUAGUGUUUCAUAUGUUCUGAGCAUCAUGGCUUACUCUUUGCAAUCCACACGUGGACACAACACUGCAUGAGUAGAUCAUGGUGCACGCUUAUAAUUCAUAAUUAAACACAAGUUGUGUGUUUGUGUGAUUCCAUAUUGCAUUUCCGUUUUGCAC